UACUGGAGUUGGCAACACAGUCAAACAAAAUUAAAAUUAUCAAAAUGGCUGGCCCAUCCUAAGCGUCAGUCUUUAUUUCCCUUGAAGUGAAAUAUAAUUUAACCACUAUCAGUGUGUGAAGUUUAUUCUUCUUAUAUGUCUGAAGGUUGUAAAUAAAAUGGAGUUUGACGAGAUAGUUGUGAAGGAGAGCCCGGGACUUUGCCGGUGUUGUCUCUCCGAAGGCUGUUAUAAAGACAUGGGCACGGAGUAUACAUGGAUGAAUGAGAAUGAAGUGUACGCUGAUAUGCUAUUAGAAUGCUUCGACAUUGGGAUUUCCCAGCAUAAUGAUGGACCCAAUGGACCUACCCGACUUAUUUGUGAAGUCUGCAUUACAAGACUGCGGGACGCUUGUAACUUCAAAAAACAAGUGCUGGACUCCGAAAAGAAAUUCAUUGAUAUGAUCGGCAGAGGCGAAUUUCAGGCAAAAGUACUAAUCUACCCGUCCCAAAUGAAGUCAGAAGUUGAAGAUCCAACGGGCCAAGAAGUGGAGUAUUUGGAUGAUGAUGACAUGGAUUUUGGUGAUGACGAGCCUCUAAAGCGCCCUGAAGAGCCUACUCUGUCAGACAUCACAGUGUCUUCCCUCCCGGUGAAGAACAAGCGAGGCAGGCCCAAGAAGGCAGUUGUCAAAACAGAGAAGAAGGCCAAAGUUGCCAAGCUGGAGGAGAAAGCAAAGUCUUCCAAAUCAAUUGUUAAAGAUGAAUACGCACCUGGCCCUUACGAAAGCUGCGCGUCUGAACGCAGAAGGAAAAACUUAAGAAUCCUCUUCAACAACACCACUAUUAUCCCGUUCAAAUGGCGGGGCAAGUUCCUCUGUUUCUACUGCGCCAAAAGCUAUUCAGAGUAUCCCGAAUUCAGAAAACAUACAAAAUCACACGGGCCGUGCACUACAAAGGAUUACGCGCUGAAAGUUAUCAAAGGAAACCAUAUAGAAAUCAAGGUAGACGUUUCCGAAAUCAUAUGCGAUAUAUGUAACGAACCUUUCGGUAGUAUGUCCGAGAUAGUCGACCAUCUGGUCGGCAAGCAUACCAUGGAAUACGAUAAGAGCGUUGAAAUUCCGUUCCAAGCUUACAGGUUGAUCGACUUCAAGUGUUUGUUUUGCGACCAGCAGUUCUCAUAUUUCGGCAGCUUGGUCAGUCACGUCAACAUCAUGCAUCCGCAGAAUAGUUUUAUCUGCGACGACUGUGGCGCGACUUUUAAUAAAAAGAGAGACUUGGCUGUGCACAUGAGGAAUCUCCACCGCCAGGGCGGGUACGCGUGCGAUCAGUGCACUGGGAAUUUCGACACAUAUUACGCGUUACGCACUCAUCAAAACACUACUCAUUUUAGGAAAUGUAAAAACUGUAAUCUGCGCUUCUUGUCUCCCGUUCUUUUGCAAAAGCAUAUGAAGGCUGAGCAUCCGGAAGAUGGGAACGUGAAGUGUUCGUUUUGCGGCAAAGAGUGCCAUUCGAAGAAUGGUUUGGCGCAACACAUGGCCAGGUGUAAGGUGAAGAUGAUUGCUCAACCCGACGAACCGCCGAUGUUCGAUUCCUUCCCAGCGGACGUCGGCAUGAAGCCGAAGAAAAAGCAGAACAUAUUACAGAUAAGACAGAACAUACAGUGUGUACUAAACAUGUCCACGGCUAUUCCGUUUAAAUUCUUCUCGAAGUUCAGCUGUUUCUAUUGCUCUAAAAAGUUCACAGAAUUUGAAGAGUUAAAAGAACACACAAUCUUGGAGCAUCCGAUAUGUGAACUCAAAUCUAAGUGUAUGAAAAAAUGUAAAGGCGAAAGGAUUACUGUUAAAAUAGAUAUCGCGUGCUUAUCUUGUAAAAUAUGUUCGCAGCCCAUGACCGAAUUAGAUGCUCUGAUAGAUCAUUUAAUAUCGGAGCACAAAGCUAACUACGAUAAGUCAUUUACCCGUUGUUUUGAGCCGUUUAAGAUUAUCAAGGACAAUUUGCCAUGCCCCGUGUGUCCGGAACGAGUGUUUCGUUAUUUCGCGACUUUGCUAAAACACUUAAACGCGGAACAUAGCAACAACAAUAGGAUAUGCGAUUUCUGCGGCCGCUGUUUCAGGAACGUGGCAAACUUGAAAGUUCACAUAUCGUACGCGCACACGGGAUGUUGCGAAUGUACGAUUUGCGGAGCUAAAUAUAAAAAUCAGUGGUGUCUAGCUCGCCACAGGGCUAAAGUACACAACGCUAAGGACUACGGAUGUACUAAAUGCCCCGAAAAGUUUCCGUCUGCAUACCACAGACAGAAACACUUGAUAAAAGCGCACGAUAUAGGGCAUAAGUGCUCGUAUUGUGGCAGAAUGUUUACGAGGAAUUCUUUCAUGAAAGACCACAUCAGAAGGACACAUUUGAGGGAGAAAAACGUACCGUGUUCCGUGUGUAACGAGAGGUUUUUUGACAAUUAUCUGUUGAGGAUGCAUAUGGUGAAACACGACGGGGAGAGAAAGUUCACUUGCGACGUUUGCGGCAAAGCCUUUUUGAGAAGGAGUGCAAAAUUGAAUACAGUGGAGGACAGAUAUAAGAAAAUGGAAAGCGCAGGUAAACUGUUGAAAAAACGAAGGAACAUUGAGUAUGUCCUGCAGUACAGCAAUGCGACGCCAUUUCUGUGGUACAAGAGCAAAUAUAGGUGUUUUUUCUGUUGCGAACCCAUGAAGGAUCCCUCUAUGCUCAGAGAGCAUACAAAAAACGUCCAUCAAUUUGCUAAUCUCGAACUCGUCGUAUUCGACAGAACGAAACACAACAGAAACAAAGACGCAGCAGUCAAAAUCGACGUCACUGAUCUAUCUUGCAAACUGUGCACGAAUACAGUGAACGAUUUCGAAGAAUUGCUCCACCAUUUGAUCAUUUCUCAUGACGCCGAAUACGACGUUGGUGUGCCAAAUUGUUUGUUACCAUUCAAACUGGACAAAGAUCAACUUACGUGUCCAACUUGCGGCUUGAAGUUCGCGUUCUUCGAAUAUUUGCUCCGGCAUGCGAAUAAGCACCACCUAUCUCACGAUUACAUUUGCGAUGUAUGCGGAACCAGCUUCCAAGGGGAGAACCACUUGAAAAUGCACCAUAGAUACUAUCAUAGACAAGGCGGCUACACCUGCGAGUACUGUGGGAUCACCUUGACGACGCUAUCCAAAAAGAUCCUACACGAACAGAACGUGCAUUACGUGAAUCUGCCAACUUGUCCCCACUGCUCGGAGACAUUCUUAAGUCCGUACUUCAAGAAGCUGCAUUUGGCUAACGUGCACAGUGUCGAAGAGCUAAAAAUAAAAUGCCCUUAUUGCUCCAAGGUAUAUCCGCAAGAAAGUAUAAUGUUUCGUCACAUGAGGAGGGUUCAUUUGAGGGAGAAGAACGUGGAAUGCGAAGUGUGCGGUGACAAAUUCUUCGGCCCUUACGAUGUAAAGAUGCACAUGGCGAAGCAUAACGGGGAAAAGAAAUUCAUAUGCUCUGUAUGCGGGAAGAAGUUUUCGAAAAAGAGUAAUUUGAAUUCACAUUCAGUUUUGCAUACAGGAGAGAAAAAGUAUGUUUGCGCAGUAUGUAACAAAGCCUUCGCUCAUCAGCCGAAUUAUCGGAUGCAUAUGAAAAACCGGCAUCCGCAGCAUGUUGAAGAAACACAAGUGAUUGAUGAGCAAUUGGAAGAUUCUGAAAUGAUUCAACUGGAGUUCAUAAAAGACGAUCUGGAAGGGACUGAAGUAACCGGUCUUUACGUUGAUAAUAUAUAAAACAAAAAGAAAUAUAUAUUUUUAAUACUUUGAAAUAUAUUUAUCGGCUGAAAUUAUGAUGAUACUUAUAAGAUCACAUUUGUUACAAUUUCAGUUAUAUCAUUAAUAACUGAGAUAAAUAAACUUAUUUUAAGAAGACAUCCUGUAUGACAAGCAAUCAUAAAUCAUGAAAAUCGAAUUUGAAU